UACAAGGUGUUUAAGGUGGCCACGGUCGACCAUUGGCUCGUCGUCGUCAGUGGUUCGGACAUGAACGAGGAAUUGUGCAAAGUCCCAAAUUCACACAUGAAUUUCGAGGAAGCAUCCCGGGAGUUUCUCCAAACUAAGUAUACCAUCGCGCCGGAUGCGGACAAGUAUCCAAUUCACAUGGCGGCCAUUCACGGUCCGCUAACGCGCAAUCUGGGAGCUGUUUUCGCGGAUGUCGUAGACGAAGUACAAGCCGCAUUCAAGGAGGUGCUCCCUGUUCAAAGCGAUGAAUGGGUCGCUGUUCCCGUCAUUCGUUCCAUGCAGAAAAUCGUGGCUCAUGUGACAAAUCGGGUGUUCGUUGGUGUUCCUUUCUGCCGGAACGAGGAGUACCUCAACACCGUCGUCAAUUUCGCAGUCGAUGUCAGCAAAGGGCGGAUGAUUCUCUCAUACGUUCCUCAGCUGUUCAAAGGCAUUGUCGGCAGUAUGCUCCCGUGGUCCAAAAGAGCAACCAGCCAAGUAGGGGUCUUCAUAAAGCCGAUCAUUGAGGAGCGCCUGCGCAAUUUCCUAGAGCAUGGAGACGGAUGGGCCGACAAACCCUUGAUGGACGAAGCAAAGAAAACGGGUGGAUCGCCGGAUGUCGUCGUCUCGGCGAUGCUGUUCUCCAACUUCGCGGCUAUUGAUUCCUCCAGCAAUAGCAUUACGCACGCCAUUUACCACCUAGCUGCGAAUCCAGAAUGCAUGCAGCCGAUGAGAGAGGAAAUUGAGGCAGUCGUCAAGGAACAGGGAUGGUCGAAAGUCGCCGUCGGCAAGAUGUGGAAAUUAGACAGUUUCAUGCGGGAGUCGCAGCGGAUCAACAGUAUAGUCUCCAUCCUCCAAGAUUACACCCUCUCUGAUGGAACCUAUCUUCCCGCGGGCACUCUCGUCGCCGGGGCAGCUCUCGCCACCCAUUAUGACGAGAAGCACUAUAAACGCGCAGACGUAUUCGAGCCGUUCCGAUUCUCCGAUAUGUGCGCAGAGGAGAGCGAGCGGAUGAAGCAUCAGUUUGUUAGCACCUCACCUGAAUACAUCCCCUUCGGCCAUGGGAAACAUGCCUGCCCUGGACGAUUUUUCGCAGCGAACGAACUGAAGUUGAUAGGUACGAUGACUCGGCCAGCUAAUUGGACAUUGUGGCAUAGCGUUUUGCCCGCGCGUGAUGCAAGGGUAUUGUUCAGGAAGCGACAAGCUGUCGUUACAGCUUGAACCACACAGAUGAGCAGAAUCGGCUUGGGGGUGUGUCUCUUGACCGUAUAGUCGUAAACACGAAAGUUCAUUGCCGUCAAGAUUAUCUCCGAGAUUUCUUGUGACGUCCGAGUUGGUGGUGAAUGGGAUCACAUAGCAUGAGAGAAAUGAAGUAAUAUGCAUGGAG